AUGCCUAUCCGCAACCCCUUCCGACGCACUGGUGGACGUGAGCCAGUUGAGGAGGCUCAGCGGAGCGCACCGGAGAACGGUUUCAAGACCACUGCCGUCUCGGGAACUGCGCCCCUGCAGAUUAAAGACCCUACUGAAUACAAACUGAGUGAGAUCAACGACAGCGGUGUGUACUUGCCGCCGUCCCCACAACAAGAGAAGCCCACGUUUUGGCACUCAAAGUCCAAUGUCUCCACCACAUCCUCCAACCAUCGCAGUCUUCUCGCCGAGAAUGAACCCUUUAGCAUCUCCCGCGAGAGCUUCGACUCAUACAGGAGAUCAUUUGAUAUCUCCGCACGGUCGCCGGUUGUCGACAAUAUCCACGAGACGUACCCCCGUCAAUCGCUCGAUGCGCGCCGCUCCGUAGAUACCAGACGAUCCCUUGACGUGCGCCGCUCCCGCGCCACUCCGCGCUCGUCAAUGCAACAAUCCCGCAGCAGCGAGAGCCACGACCAACUGCCUGAAGAAGGCUUUGAGGAAGUGGGCUUGAACGAUGAGCCCAAACCCCAGCCUAAGAAGCGCAGCAUCUUCUCGCGCUUCGGCGACAACAGCCACGGCAAUGACAAGGCUGAAGAGCGACCCUCAUCGAGCCACCACUUCUCGCUGACAGGUCGCAAGAGAGCCGAGAGCGGGGCAGGAUCUGAGCUGAAGCCCAUGCCCAGACCGGCGUCGGACAUGCCCGUUGAGUCGCGGUGA